AUGUUGGGUGCAGAUUACAGUGAACGUGGGGGACUUGCAGCUUCACGCGCAACUUCCACUGUCCACUCCCCGGCCGACCAUUUCCCAUCCCAUUCCCCUGCAACACACGGCCAACCCUCGACCAGUCUCGAUGACACUGAUUCUUCUACCUGGUCCAGCUUGGGGCAGUUGACUGCAAAUACUUCCACCACCAAUCUCUCUCCCACCAACCUCUGUCACAUUGCCACCUCCAACACCAAGUUCAAGAACAACGACCUCCAAAGUUCCAACCUGGAUCUCUCCACCCCCGACUCACUGGCUCGAGAUGAGUUGUUGCGGAACUCUGCCUUUGCCGAUUGGGACGACAACGAUACUGCUUCCACAGCCCUCGACAAUCCAGAUGAGCUGCAAAAACAAGACCCUCUGGGUACCCAGAUAUGGAAGCUCUACAGCCGCACAAAGUCUCGGUUACCCAACCAGGAGCGUAUGGAGAAUCUGACUUGGAGGAUGAUGGCUAUGAACCUUCGUCGUCGAGAGCAGCAAAUGCAAGCACAGGCAGCUGCGAAGCAGACCAAAAUAAAGAGCCCUCCUCCGGUUUCCGCUCCCAGUGGAAUCGCCCAGCAGCUGCGCAGAUCUGUUGACCAGCCAGUUGAACUCGAGCUGACUUCUGAAUCAAUGAACCUCGACGACUUCAUUGUCCCGAGCUCUAUUGCUUCACCUGCUGGCUUAACCUCUCCUGCUCCAACCGAGGGCCUGCUCCAGAGCAAACCCUCUCAAUCCCCCGCCAAUAUUCGAAUCACUCCCCGUAACAAGCCCCCAGUCCAGAUUCCUAUGAACCUACCACCCUCCUCGAUGCCCCAACCAUCCAUCGCCUUGAAUAGAUCGUCAGAGUUCGAUUACGUGCGGAGAAGGGUGAGAAAGACCAGCAUUGACGAGAGACGAGGCAACCGCAAGCGACCUGCUGAAUUCUCCCCUCAAGUGCCUCCCAUUGUUGUACCACACGGUGCCACAGGUGCCGAAGUCGACACUGGACUGCCAGAUUAUACCCUUGACCAACCCACACCUUCAACAUUCUCCAAUCCACACAAUUUCCAAGGUCAAAUGUCUCUCCAUCUGGACUCCUUCCAUCUAAACGACGAUCCGAUUCUAACGUCCGCCGGCCCAUACCAACAGAACUUUUCCUUCUCUCCUGUUGCCUCACCUAUGGUCACAAAUGGCCCUUUCUCGAACAUAUAUACACAAUCCUCGAUUCCCUCGUCCUUGACCUCGGCAGAUUUCUACUCUCCACCUCAAUCUGGAUUUCAAUCUACCGUCUCAACUCCUCAACCCGGUCAUGAAGGCGAUACGCCGCAAUUUUACUUCGACCACAAUACCGGACACACACGACCAAUGCCGUUUUAUCCAGCGCAUAGAACGCAGCAAGUCAUGACCCCUGUGGCCUCCCAAUUUGCGUUUGGCUCAAACAACGAAUCAAUCUAUACGGCCAUGAAUGGCGUAGGCUCAGCACCGACUAUGAAUGGCUUUCCAAUGCAACAGCACGUCGAUCCAUCUCGGGUUCUGAUUCCUGAUUACUCGCGUCGUGCUUCUCCGGGAGUAUCAAUGGGUGGUAACGAUAAUUUGUUUCACUUUGGAGCAGACUCGGACAAUGAAGAUGACGAGCCAACCUUCGGUGAUCGUAGCAUGGUACUACAAUCCGAUUAUGGCCAAAUCGGCGACCCUACUUUAGACCUGAAUUCUGGCCUUCAAUGGGAUCCCAACGUAACAGAGUUCGGCAGUUUGCAACGAUACAGCGGUUCAGGUAAGCAAGUGCGCAUCGGAGGCACAGAGAUGGUCAAUUCUCCUCCAGACUGGGGAUCCUCAAUGCUGAGUCGUACGCACGGCUCUGCAGCUUCAAUCAGCGACAUUCGAAAUCGGGACCAAGACUUGCGGCGGCAAAAGAUUCCUCGAACGACAUCGACUCCUGUUCUAUCUGCCCAUCACAUGCAGUCCACUGAAAGCUCACCAGGAGAGUCGGGAUUCAGCAGCCGACAGCCUUCCAGGCCAAACAGCCCAGGUCCGAAGAAUACUGAUUCGAAUGGUGUCCCAACAACGUGUACCAAUUGCUUCACUCAAACUACACCAUUGUGGAGGCGCAAUCCAGAAGGACAUCCUCUUUGCAAUGCUUGUGGGUUGUUCUUGAAGCUGCACGGUGUCGUUCGGCCCUUGUCACUGAAAACCGACGUGAUCAAAAAGCGAAACCGUGGUAGUGGUGCGACAAUGCCAAUUGGCUCAGCUGCAACAAGAGCAUCCAAGAAAGUAACCCGAAAGAAUUCAGUCCAGCAGACCCCAGCAACCACUCCUACCUCGGGUCAUGCUGCCAGUGAGCAUAAUUCAGCUUCUCCCGCUUCUGCUCAAGGAUCUGCCAACUCGGGCUCCGUUGUCACCACUCCCACUAGUUAUCCUCCUGGCACAAUUGGCGGUAAACCCGGAGUUGUUCCGAUUGCGGCCGCACCACCUAAACCGGUGGUACAACCCGGCCCAAGUUUGACUCGGCCAGUGCAAGUUACACCAAAACGCCAGAGGCGACAAUCUCGUGCUUCCACAAGCACACUACCUGUGACCAAUGGUGCUCAAGUCGCCAACAACGAAGCUGAGAUGCACGAUGUUGCGGCGACGAAGCCAGUGCAAGCCCCUGUAACCAGAGCCAAAGCAGCUAGCUCUGCUGGUGUUACUGCGGGUGCAACCACAAUGGCAUCUGUGAUGCAAGGAGGGUUACUGACUCCAGGCAUGCAGGCUAUGCCUGGUAAUCCUCAUGGAAAUAGUCAGGAAUGGGAAUGGUUGACCAUGAGCUUGUGA